AAUGUAACUCAACAUUCAGUAUUUUCAUAGACUAUCGUAAAGGGGGCCACGUGCUCUCGUGAACCAUGCAUCGUAAACGUGCUAUAACCUUUUCUAGUUGCGUGAUGUUAAUGUAUUGAAGACAUUAAUUAUUAGUUCCAUUCAGAGAACUUAAAAAAGAAGAAAACGUGGUGUACCGGUUAUCAUCGACAUAAGAAUAUUCUUACAUCAAUGUUAUUUAUCUUGAUUUGGAAAAAUUUGAGAUUUAGAGUAUAAUAUUUCUUCACAAUGUUAAUCAAAAGUUUGUCAACUUUUUGCAAACGGAAUAAGAAAUAUCAGCAAAGAUUUUCGCCGCCUGAGGAACAUGACAAACUGAAGCCCGACAGAAUUUUGGAAAUAUUGUGCGAAUUUUUUAUGCAGCCCGAAUGUACCAAAGAUGUAGCUGAAUGUUUUCCACAAUUAUUACCAGUAUUGAUCUCAUUGGCAAUAUUUACAGAUGAUGUACAAUCGCCUACACUAGUUCAUAACGAUCUUGUUCAUAGACUAAAUUGUGUUAUCCUUGGAAAGCUAGUUGACAUCAAUCCAGACCUACUAGUAUUUGUUUUACGCUACUUUGAUACUAAUCCAGCACCAUUUGAGCCACUUGAUACAAAUGAUUCUUCUACCUAUACAUCUACACCUCCUAAAAGACGAAAUAACAGAUACUUAUCAUACAACAUUGUGGAAGUGUCCGAAUAUGACAUUGUCGCUGCAAGUUAUAGCAUUCUGCAAUCUUCUAUUAAUCAUUUUAAACACAAAUGGAAUUGGUCUACAUUGUAUAAGUAUUUAACGAGUGCAGAUGACAAAAUAAAAUGGAUUACUAUAAAUUGUAUGGCGAUUAUCUUAAAUUUACAUGAAUCUGCAAAAUUGUCUUGCGCACAAAUAUUCAUACCAAAUUUUGAACAAUUUCCAACUGAUUAUGAUGAUACGAGCACAAACGUUGGUACUUGUUAUGAAAAUGUGGAAUCGAUGGAGGAAGCCAUUAAAAACGUUCCGUCCGUUGUAUGUGUUGGUGACAUUUUGUUACCAGCAUGUGGGAAAAGUCAGAAAACCCAUAAUCUAGUUGCGGUUCCUUCCACAACGAAAAAUCUGCAGAGAUUAGCCAUAGCAAUUGGCGCUAGAAAAUGCAUCUGCCUACAAGGACCGGUUGGCUGUGGUAAGACAGCAUUAGUAGAGUACUUGGCCGGAAUUACCGGCCACGACACGUCAAAUUUCGUCAAAAUACAGUUGGGUGACCAGACAGACUCGAAGAUGCUACUGGGAAUGUACAAAUGCACGGACAUGCCGGGCGAGUUUGUUUGGCAACCGGGUGUUCUUACGCAGGCUGUCAUUGCUGGCAAAUGGCUGUUGCUGGAAGAUGUAGAUAGCGCACCCUUGGACGUAAUCAGCGUUUUAAGCAAUCUGAUGGAAACCGGAACUCUCUGCGUGCCCGGCUACCGCGACACCGUUUACGCCAACAGCGGAUUCCAAUUGUUUGUCACCCAGAGACUGACGGUGACUACGACGGGUGUCCAAAAGCACAUGGGAUCGUCAAGUUUAUUGCAGAAACAUUGGCUGUGUCUGAACGUCGAGCCAUUGUCUAAAAACGAACUAGUAACUGUAGUGCGGACACUGUUUCCCGUAUUGAGCACUAUCGCUAAUAGAAUAGUGGACGUUUUCUUGUUAUUUUCCGCAAGGAAUUACGAUAAUAAUAAUUUCACGAGUGAUAAUACACUGUCGUUGAGAAUUGAACGACAAAUAUCGACAAGAGACUUGAUGAAAUGGUGUUCUAGAGCUAUCAUCAAUUUUAACGUGUCAUCACCUACGUGCUUGCUAAAAAUCUUCCAAGAUGCUCUAGACAUCUUUUGCUAUUCGAUACCUGGCAAAAAAUAUCGAUUAAAAUUAGCGGAAAAAAUGACCAACAUACUCGGCAUUAUAGAAGAUAAGGCGGAGUAUUUCUGCAACGUCCGCAAGCCAGACAUAGCUCUAUCAUCCGAGGUCUUGAAAGCGGGUAGAGCGCAGCUACUUUGUAAGAAAGCACAAUAUGCGACAAUGAUAAAGAGAAAAACGACCAAGUUUUCUGACACACAAUCUUCUUCAUGCUUACUGGAGUGCAUAGCCGGCUGCGUCACGCAGAAAGAACCCGUGUUACUGGUAGGCGAGACCGGUACCGGGAAAACGAGCGCAAUACAAUAUCUGGCGGAUAGCACCGGUUACAAAUUGAUAGUCAUAAACAUGAACCAACAGAGCGAGAGUACGGAUCUAUUGGGCGGCUACAAGCCAAUCGAUUUAAAAUUCCUCAUCUCACCGUUCCGCGAGGAGUUCGAGGUCCUAUUUCGUUCUCUCUUUGACGUCGCGUCAAACGAGAAAUAUCUAGAAACCAUAGCUAUGUUGUACGAACAGCACAAGUGGAACCUCCUCAUUUCUACGAUGAGUUGCAGUAUAGCCGCCGCUCUCAAGAGACUGAGAAAGAAACGCAACGAAUAUCUCGCUUCAGAACGUCCUCAACAGCAGGAACGCAUCCAAAGAAACCUAAACAAUCUAAACAAGUGGAUGAAAAUUCAGGAAACUCUGAAGAAGUUAAAAAUUUUGGUAAAGAACCAAUACAUGUUGGCAUUUUCCUUCAUCGAAGGCAGCUUGGUCAAGGCAAUACGGGAGGGUUAUUGGGUCCUCUUUGAUGAAAUCAAUCUAGCGAAUGCGGAGACACUCGAAUGCCUCUCUGGUUUGCUAGAGGGUUCCUCAUCCUCGCUGGCAUUGUUGGAACGCGGUGAUAGAGAGCCCGUAAACAGGCAUCCUGACUUCAGAAUUUUCGCUUGUAUGAACCCGGCCACGGACGUCGGAAAGAGAGACUUGCCGGUCGGUUUGAGGAAUAGAUUCACCGAGUUCUACGUCAAUGAGAUGACUGACCCGCAGGAUCUGCUGUUAAUCGUCAAGUCUUAUCUGGAAAAUCUAAACUUACCCGUUCAGAAGCACAAAGCAAUUGUACAGUUCUAUCUGAACGUGAGGAAUAAAGCUAUGGACACGUUGUAUGACGGCACGGCGCACAGCCCGCAUUACAGUCUGAGAACGCUGUGUCGCGCAUUAUACAUUUCCGCGUCGAAUCCCUGCGGCAAUGUCUUGAGAUCCCUGUAUGAAGCUUUCUCACUGAGUUUCCUGACACAGCUGGAUUACAAGUCGUAUCCGAUCGUGCAAGAAAUGAUCAUGAGCACCAUCUUGGGCAACAAAAACGCUAAAGCGGUCCUCAACCAUUCCAUAUCGAAGCCGAAAUACAGAUCUGAAGAUCAUAUUUCCAUCGAGAGAUAUUGGAUUCUGCAAGGUAGCUUAACCCCAAAAAUACCAAGUAACUAUGUAUUGACCGAUACUGUUCGAAGGAAUUUGAGGGAUCUAGUAAGAGUGGUGUCGAUCGGAAAAAUCCCAGUUUUACUACAAGGCGAUACAUCAGUAGGGAAAACUAGCUUGAUUAAGUAUUUGGCAGAGGCUACGGGACACGUUUGCCUCCGAAUAAAUAAUCAUGAGCACACGGAUCUGCAAGAAUAUGUCGGAAGUUACGUCUCGGACGAACACGGAAGAUUGGUGUUCAAGGAAGGUAUUCUAGUUGAUGCGAUGCGUAAAGGCUACUGGAUUAUUUUGGAUGAAUUAAAUUUAGCCCCAAGUGACGUUUUGGAAGCUUUGAAUCGAGUUCUCGACGAUAACAGAGAGCUGUUCAUUCCUGAGAUGCAACAAGUCGUGAAAGCACAUGAGCAUUUUAUGUUAUUCGCAACGCAAAAUCCUGCUGGACUUUAUGGUGGUCGAAAAAUUUUGUCUCGAGCGUUUAAAAACCGAUUUGUAGAAUUACAUUUCGAUGAGAUACCGCCAAAUGAAUUAGAAAUAAUACUCGCUGAGACAUGCCAAAUGCCCAAAUCGUAUUGUAAACGAAUAAUUAAAGUGAUGACGGAUCUUCAAACAAAGCGCAGAAGUACAGCGGCUUUUGUCGGCAAGAAAGGAUUCAUAACUUUACGAGAUCUGUUCCGUUGGGGCCGCAGGUAUGCAUUAGCACCCAAUGUAAGCGGAUUUUACGAUUGGAAUCAACAUUUGGCGGACGAGGGCUAUCUCGUACUCGCGGCGAAAAUUCGCAAAGCGGAAGAAACGGACGAAGUAAGGCAAGCGAUAAAAAAGCACAUGAAGAGAGACGUGGAUCCUGACAACUUGUUCACAUUGAACGAUAAGACUUCGCUCGUAACGAAGCACAUAUUAGAAGAGAUCUUAAAUAAUGACAUACCAGGCUUUGGCCACAUUGUGUGGACUUAUCACAUGCGUAGAAUGGCAGUACUGAUGAAGAAGUCCUGUGAAUUUAAGGAGCCGGUGUUGCUAGUUGGAGAAACCGGUGGCGGCAAGACUACCAUCUGCCAAUUGAUAGCUGCUAUGAACAAGCAAACGAUGCGCAGUAUCAAUUGUCACAUGCACACCGAGUCGUCUGACUUCCUGGGGAAUCUACGGCCCGUGCGAGAACAUGCCGAGAAUGAUCAAAAACUUUUCGAGUGGGUGGACGGUCCUCUGAUAGACGCCAUGCGAAACGGCGAUUUGUUCUUGGCCGAUGAAAUCUCGUUGGCCGACGACAGUGUCUUAGAACGAUUAAAUUCACUGUUAGAAUCAGAGCGGUCUCUCUUACUGGCUGAGAGAGGAAUAGAAUCCUCGCAUAGCGAGAACAUUGUGAUCAAGGCGGAUGAAAAGUUCAUGUUCAUUGGCACGAUGAAUCCCGGCGGUGAUUACGGCAAGAAGGAGCUUUCGCCAGCCUUAAGGAACCGUUUCACCGAGGUGUGGUGCGAGGGAUGUACGACCAGGAGCGAUCUGCAUGACAUAAUAAUACACAAUCUCAACGUCGACUCGCAAACGACGAGAGAUUCCGUCGCCAGGGCAAUAUUAAGAUUCACCGAGUGGCUGCAUACCACCGACGUGGGCAAGAAGCUCACCGUCAGCAUACGAGACGUGCUUACUUGGGUUGAAUUCAUAAAUACUUGCACUUCUGACGCACUGAUGUCGAGACUAACCAUCGGUGAGGCGUAUUAUCACGGUGCUUGUCUCACCUACAUUGACAGUCUUGGAUCUGGCUGCACGGGUUCGGAACAUAUCAAUCAAUUGAACGUCUUCGUGCAAGCUGCUAUUCGAUUUGUCAAGUCGGAAGUCAGAGAUACGAUAAAAUCUGAUCUUGGCCCGGAGACUUUUGAGACAAACGGGAAAGCUAUUGUGGAUAAUGCGGACGUGUUCGGGGUGCCACCAUUCUACAUAAAGAAAGGUCCAAACGCAUUCGCGCAGAACGAAGAUUACGCCUUUACGUUCACCACCCCUACCACCAAAUUAAAUACAUUGAAAUUGUUGAGAGGUUUGCAACUGAGCAAGCCGAUCCUGUUAGAAGGAAGUCCAGGUGUAGGAAAGACCAGCUUGGUUUCCGCACUCGCCAAAGCCGCGGGGCAUACUCUGCUUCGGAUCAACUUGAGCGAUCAAACGGAUAUAUCCGACUUGUUCGGUACAGAUCUUCCUGUAGAAGGUGGGAAAGGCGGUGAAUUUGCAUGGCGAGACGGGCCAUUUUUGCGAGCUUUGCGAGCCGGCUACUGGAUUCUUCUCGACGAGUUAAAUUUGGCCUCGCAGUCCGUUCUGGAAGGCCUCAACGCAUGCUUCGAUCACAGGGGAGAGGUAUACAUUCCCGAAUUGGCGAGAACUUUCUCGGUCAAGCCUGGUACCAGAUUGUUCGCUUGCCAGAAUCCUCUCCGGCAAGGUGGUGCCAGACGAGGAUUGCCGAAAUCAUUUCUAAACAGAUUUACUCAGGUCUUUGUGAACGCGUUAGUGGAGGACGACCUGAAGCUUAUUCUUAACGUGCAAUUUCCACAACUGCCCACGAACUUGCUCAACGACAUGGUACGGUUCAACAACAGAUUAGCGUCGGAGGCUGGUGUCGUAUGGGGACACGCCGGGUCUCCCUGGGAGAUGAAUCUGCGAGAUAUUACUCGAUGGUGCGAGGCAACGAUCGAAGCCGUCCGCGAAUUACGCGGCAACGAGCAGUACUUUAAUCCGGGCGACUGCGUGGAGCUUGUGUACGUCAAUCGAAUGAGGACUGUUGAAGAUCGACAGAAGAUUUACGAUAUAUACCAAGAGAUAUUCUUGUCCGAGAAAUAUCCACUGCCACCUAAACAGCUGCCUAUGCACAUUACAGCAGACAAGCUGUUUAUCGGCGAUGUGACGUUAAGCCGGGAAAAUUGUAGCACGUACGAAGACUGCAAUUUGUUAGUGCUUCGAGACCAAAAGAUGACGCUGAAAAGUCUCAUGCAGUGUGUUAAAAUGAAUUGCAUGUCUAUACUAAUCGGUGCUUCUGGUUGUGGAAAAAGCAAUGUGGUUCGUCUACUUGCCGCUCUGACGGGUCAGAAGUUGAAAUCGAUAGGAAUGAAUUCUGCGAUGGACACGACGGAAAUAUUAGGCGGUUUCGAACAGACGGACUAUAAUCGGCAUCUCGAGCAACUGUUAAAUCGUGUGACGAGUCUAGUCAUCACCAGCCUGCGGACGAAGCUAACGGAGAAUUUGGAGCAAGUUAGCAAGCUUCAUGAAGAUCUGGAACAAGUGCGACGCUUAUUUGAUGAGAACGUCGCCGGCAUAAUAAUGGACGUGCAACUCAAUCAGUUCUUAAAUAAAAUCAACAAACUGUCAGAGUUGGUGUCGAAGAUGAAGCUCUGCGAGCCUUGCCACGAAUCGGAACUGCUUGAUAUCGAGUCGGACUUGAAGAAACUGUCGGAUCUCGUUAAGCAGGAUAAAUGCCUGAAUGCCGGUGGAAAGUUCGAAUGGGUAGACAGCGUGUUAGUAAAGUGUUUGCAAGAUGGCACUUGGCUGCUCAUCGACCAGGUUAAUCUAUGCAGCCCCGCUGUACUAGACAGGCUUAAUGGACUGUUAGAGCCAAACGGUGUUCUCACUAUCGGCGAACGAGGCGUCAACGGAGAAGGCAAUGUCGUCACUAUCAAGCCACACAAAAACUUUCGCCUAUUUCUCACUAUGGAUCCCCGAUAUGGCGAAAUUUCCAGGGCCAUGCGUAACAGAGGAGUCGAGAUUUACAUGCUCGGCGCGAAGGAGAACAUCGAUUACGACGCGAUCGAUCUCCAAUCGCUGCUGUUCAACGCCGGCAUCGCGAGAUCAGCGCAGCGAGCCGCGUUGCUCGAUAUCUACAAGAGAGUGUCGACGGAGAUCGUGACAGUGGAUCGGCUCGGCGCGGUAGAUCUCCUGCACACCGCGUUCUUGGUAAAGCAACGCACGCUACGUGGAUUCCCCACUGGGCAGUCCAUCAGAGACGCGUGUAUCGAUGUCUAUGUCAAGACCAGACCGAUGUCCGAUCGGGUAUUCAAGGAGGAGCGCCUUAUCGCCCUAAUCGAUGAAGCGAUCGAGCAGCAUGUCGCACGUGAUGAACAGCAGGCCUCGAUGAUCGAUCUGGAUGCCGCUACGUGGAGUGUGUCGAACUUGCAGAAGAAUUUGCGACUCAUCAUUAUCAGACAACAGGGUCUGCUGUUGAACGCGGCCGUUAAAAUACACGUGUCGCGUUCGAAACUCGGCUCGGGAAGUUCUGGAAGAGACAUCGCUACCACGAAGCUAUUAAAUGACUUCUGCAAUCUUGAAGAGAAUGAAGAGUUCGCGCUGGUUAUCGACAUUGUUGACGCGUUGCCACAUCUUUUAUUAAACUUCUUCGAGCAAUCCUCGCAAGGCGACGUGCAGCUCAGAAAGAGAUGGAUCUCGAAGAUGCUGCGGCAGAACGCGAUAUUUGGCAAUUUUGAAAGAAAGAUCGAACUGAUGGCAAAAGUGAUCGCAUCGUUUCGCUUUCGCAACAGUCCGUUGCCUUGGAAUCUGUGGCAGCUCGUUGGCAGGAAGAUAACAUGCCACGAAAAUGAUAGCGUUUGCAGCGAUGCGAAUAAGCUGUUGCUGUUGCUGUACGCAUAUAAUAUGGUGCUGAAUAACGACGUGAUACCAACGGAAAACGAAAUAUUAGAAGAUAAGAACAUCAUGUCAGUCAAACAAUAUUCCGCCAUUAUACACAAAGGAACACUAUUCUCGCGGUUGAAGAACCAACCGCUCAUAACGUACUUUGUAGAAUUCAUCGAGCGAGCAAGUUCUUGCAUCGGUGCAAUCUUACAAGUUUACGACGUGACUGCGAAUUCUGAAGAAUAUGUCGAAUUGAGGAAGGAUUUGAUGUGGUACGCGAGAUUCGUGCAACUGGGCGAAAUGACGCUCAUAAACAAAUCGGAAAAAUCGAAAGAUGUGUUCAUAAACUUGGAACAGAUUUCUUUAUUGCUUAGAGUACAUUACAAGUGGCUCUUGAAGUUUCUGCGCAGGCUGUUUACAAUAGUCGAAAGAUCUUCGAGGGACGCGAUCCCGCUCGAGGUCGGACGCUUGGUGGAUCUGGUGGACGACCUAAACGGUCAAUUGGGAUCAGUGUACGAUCCUAUCAAGAAAAUAUCAAAGAGAAUUAAGAAGCAUUUGACGCUUCCGCCACCCCACUCCUCGGAAACUUGCAUGAACGUACACUCCGGGCUACGGAGGAUAACACAGAAGCUCGACGCGAGAGACAAGAGUGGCAAUAUCUUGAGAGAAGAAUGGAGAAUUGUGGCCGUGCAGCUGGACGACGCAUUAGCGAUGAGGCAUCGCGCGAUCUCUCUGUGGCGUGAGAUUCACUCCGGCAGCCCGAUUGACACAACGACUUGGCAGACUAUUCUGGAGAUGGAACAGUUAUGUGAGAGUUACACUUGUCUACGAUCCUCCGGGAAUAACGAAAGUGUUCUUAGCAGAGUAAAGUCGCUUCUCUCGGAGGCAAAAAUGACGCAGUUGAACAUGAAGACACAGUUGUGGCCGAUUUACGAAUACGUGUUCCUGUCGCUCGCCUGCACCUUGCAAGGGGAGAUGUGUCGAAGCGGUAUAAUCUCCACUGCGGAAUGCCUCGCGAGAUUCGCGGAUCUGCCCAGUAUACCAAGCGAUUUGAUGAGUUUGUUAGACACGAUGGCUCGGACGGAGGUCGAGCAGAAACAAAAACUCGCGUUGCUGCCGGAAUUGUUCCGUCGACUCGCACAAUUUGCUCAGCAGUCUUACGCUGUAAAAGAUACGAGCCGCCUUUUGCAAUGGCACGGUAUAACGGCAGAGGAAGAUGAAGGGAUGUCAGAGUGUGUCUACACCGAGUCCAAGAUGGAAUGCUACUUCGGCGGGCCCGUUCUCUUUAAUCUAAUGUUGCAAUUAAUGUUGAAUAAAACAAGUCAAGAGAAAGAGAAGAAAGUUUCUUCCGCGGUCGCGCUCGGAACAUACGCGAAAAAGAUGGAUCAGCUGCAACUGUUGAAUGAGAUUUUGUGGCGCAACAGCAUCUCGCUAACGAGUAAACGAUACGACUUAUCUAGUAGCGAUCUGAUCACAUUAAAGUUUUAUUUGCGUUUAUACAUGUCCGCGAUCGACAAAAUGAACAUUGAGUACAAUGUACGUGACUUGAUUGCGAUCGCCAUGAAGAAGCAAGGAACCCGCGCAGUGGAUAUAGAACACAAAUUGCAAAUCGAUUAUUUCCAACCGCUGGAGGACCUGCACAGAGCGUGUGAUGAGAUAAACACCAUCGACGAGGAAAAUGCCGGCGAGGAAGAGAAUAUACUUCACCGGGGGAGAACGUGGAUGUCACUCGGUUAUAUUCAGUUGCUACUAUUCGGGAAUCUCGAUUUAAUUGAUCCCGUACAUAAAGUGGAACUGAAGCUCAAAUACUUGGAACAGGAUAUUGUCGACUGUAAGAGAACAAUGUACGUUGCAACGUUACAGAACCGAAUUUUGGGAAUGUCGGCGGAGGACGAAUACGCGCAUCCAAAACUUGCGGCCACGAGAAACUGUGAGCUACGUUUGCUGAAAACGAGAGACGAUCUCAACUAUCUGAAAGCGUUCAGACCGUCAUCCGUCAAUUUUGCCUCGCUGAGCGAGGAAAGCGCCAAUUUCAGAAACGAGGUAGCUUCCUACAAACUGGUGGAGAAACACGCGAGUAGCUUGUGUGCAAUUGCACGCAAGAUUCGUCAAAAUUGCGACUCGGCCGAUCUAAUAGCCGCUGAGAUUACCUCACGAGAAGCUGAAAGCUGGAGUUUGUCAGUGCAACAGUUCGCCGAGCAGAUUGAGGCGAAGUACUUGUCGGCUUAUCCAGACGUGAUUAUUCCGCUGAUGACAGCUCUGGCUCAGCUGAGGCACGGUGUUUGUAUACUGAUCAACGAGAUUCGACGACUGACGUCCCUACGUAAAAGCACGGUGGCCAAUCUCGAGUUUUUGAUACACAAUUUGCUGCGGUUCCCAACAAUCGGUCAGCAGCAGGAUAGUCUUUUAACUCUAAGCGGCUUGUGCGCUUCCACAAGUGCUCGGGAACUGAUUAGCGAAAAUUUACGUUCUGCGGACACGUUUGUCAGAAUGCGAGAGCAGUUCCGGAUAUUCAAGUCGGGUCUGCACGAGAUGCACAAUCACGUGAUCCUGAACAGGGGUCUGACUAAGUCACUGUGGUGGAAUAUAAACGAACUACUGCAGCAGAUAGUUCUGAUCUGGAAGCAGCAGCAACAGGAAGAAGAGAGGCGCGCCGCGGAGAGGGACAGUCUGUAUAAAAACAAGAUCAAGAGUCACGCGCCAGCAGAGGAGGACGACGAGCUCGCUCUCAUCCACAAAAUGUUCCCUAAGCAUGAUGCGAAAGAUUUUGACGACAUUGAGAAUACGAUGCCCUCUCUCAACGGAAACGGAAACGUGUCGGUAGAAAUGGACACAUCAGAUGAAACCGAACUGAGCCUCAGCGGUCUUAUCACGAAAGACGAUAUGAAAGAGAUCCAGCAGAUUCACUCAAACAUUGUCACGUCUUUCAUUGCGUCCAAGUGGAUGUGCAACAGUCCCGUUUCAAUGUGCUCGACCGAUUACAUUGGACCUUUGAUUCAGAGGUACAACACAGUACAUGGGAUGAUCAAGGAUAUACUACCGAGUUUGAGCGAGGGGCUCGCAACCAGAUUGUACAAUAGCUUCAACUUGUUGGUCACUUUGGAGCUGCAGGCGAAUCAAGACAAAAGUGUGAAUCAACAAACGCUAUGGGAAAACGCCGGACGGCAGACGACGAAAGCGUACAAUUUUUACAACGACUGUAAUAUUGAAGAAGUGAAGCAAUGCCUGCCCGUAUGUCAGAGUAUCUUGAGUCGCGUUGAUGAAUUGCUGAAGGAGUGGCCGGAAAAUCCGAUUUUAAGAUCGAUACGAUGCAUAAUUGAAAGGAUCUAUACGUUCCCAACCAUCUCACCCGUCUCCCGGUUCCUGACGGGUCUCGAACUGCUACUCGAGAAGAUGCACCAGUGGGAGGAGUUUGCGCACAGCGGUGUCCGUAUGGUAGACCACAUAUCGGCAUUGACACAGCAGAUAAUAUCAUGGCGUAAACUGGAAUUGUCUUGCUGGAAGGCCUGCUUGGAUACAGUGUACGAAGACCUCAGAUCGGACACGUCCAAGUGGUGGUUCUUCUUAUACGCAUUGAUCGAGAGCUACGUCACGAAAUCCGCAUGUAAUGAUACCGAGAUUGCGAGAGCAAACGACGAGCAACCCAUUACCAGGCAAGAAUUGGUGGAAUCACUGGAGCAUUUCAUGACCGAGUCAUCUCUCGUCGAGUUUGAAGCACGAUUAAAUCUUCUCUUGACGUUCCACUGCCAUGUGUACUACCUCGAUGAUAACGACGACAAAAACGAGAUUUCAGCCGUACUGUGGAACAUGUACAGUUAUUAUAAACAAUUCGUCGAUGACGUGAAGACGCAGAUCGCUGCCUUGAAAGCGCCCAUCGAGAAGAAGCUGAAGGACAUCAUCAAAAUCGUACGAUGGACCGGCACGAAUCAUUGGGCGGUGAGAAAAUCGGCCGAAGCGACGCAUCGUCAGUUACACAAAUACGUAAAAGAAUUCCAGAAUGCCUUGAAACAGAGCGUAUCCACCUGUUUGAUCGUUAAGUCAGGAUCUUACAGCAUGGAGAUGAGUAAAGGCGUUUGGGAUGACCAGGAUCAUCGCGAUUCUUAUAAUGCAAUCAGUCCUGACAAUUUUAUCGUAACGAAAUCUCCGCAUUCUUCGGAAACAAAAGCGCUAUCCACAAACAGGUUUAUUACAAGAACAGAAACGCUGCUGGUGAAGGCCAAAAAGCUGUGCAAAGAGAUAAUCCUGGGGAAUUCUUAUUCGUGUAUACGAUCCGAGCUCGAAGACUUUGUCCAAGAUUUCAUGGAGCAGAGCGCGCGUCUUCGCAACACGGACAUCGACAAGAACUUACCUAAGGGCAAACAAAAAUCCCAGGCGAAGAGUAUUCUGCAGCAGAAAAGAAUGACACUCGGCAAUUACUUCAAAAUGUUGACUCAAAUGGGCGUAUCCUACCGCGCCGGUGGACUAAUGUUGAAGAACAACGCGGAUAAGGUAACAGACUUCACGGUUCCAUCGUUGGAUCUGUCCACGAUCGAUCGAUACUUCAAUCUGAGGAAUAUAGAUCAACACAUGCUGAAGCACUGGCAAGGUUGCGAAAAGUACUACUACAAGUCUCUUGUCAGAUUGAACGCUCUUAACGCAAUGCUCAGCACAAAUCACACCGAUCUGGGACUGCAAAACAUAGAACGUUGCCGGGGGUACUCCGCGCACCUGAUGCUGAUGGCUCACAGACAGAAGAGGACGAUCGCCCAAUCAUUUGAUCGUUUCUCGUCGCUUCGUAUACAGCUGGCGAAUUUGUCUGAGUCGUGCGAGCAAGAUUUGACCACAUCGAAACAGCGCGAGGGCCAGAACUGCGCCGAGAAUCUGAAGACAUUGCUGAUAACGAUAGAAGCUGGUUUUGAGCAGCUGCUUCUGUUUCUACAGUGCUGUCCUGCAGAUUCAUCAACGGACCCGGGUAGAGCCAUGCUUACCUUGCACGCAAACGCACUCCCCAUAACCGCCGCCUCUCAGAAUGACGAAGCCUGGAAGAACGCGAACGCUUUGGUGAAGGAUGGACUGAAUUCGAUAAAAGCUGUCGCGAAACGUUACCAUGUCUUGUUCAUGCCAUUCCAAGUGUUAUCAGGAGAUGGCUCCGUCUAUGCUUCAAUCUUGAGUUCAAGACAUUUUAAAUUUUUGGAACAAUCCUGCGCAACGAUCGAAAAUCUAAGAGCACGAUGCAAAGAGCUAAAACGACUAUUCACGAACACAGACAUCGAGCAUCCUAUCUGGGAAAAUAUAGCAUUCUUCGACAUGAAGAUGGAAUGUUCUCUUCGUGAUUUUGAACGCUUGCGAGAAUCCGCGGAAGUUGAUAACGAGGAACGAUCAAAAGCAACCAAUAAUGCUAUUGAACAAUACGAAUUAGCGCUGGAACAGUUCAUAAACACGAUAUUGCUCGUCAUACAGAAGAAAUACAAAGACCGCAUUAAUAUGAACGACGAUGCAACACAUACGAAUGAAAAUUCGAAAGAGAAAAAUAAUGAGGACGACGUGGAAAAAGAAAUGCAGGAAAAUGUAUUGAAAGAAAAACUUGUCGACUCCCUCGAGAAAGAUAUAACCGAGUUGAAGCUGUCUACAAUAUCCGAUUCAUUUUUCAAUCUUUUGUUAUCGAUACGUGAGCUCGAUCUACAAUCAGCGAAUUACUGCACAGGCUUGUUGCUAAAAUGUUUACCGCUACUGGAACAGUAUAUGUUGCUCAGCCAAUUUUACUUAAAUGAGCAAGUGGCAGCAUUCCGCGUUACAUGCAAAAUGCUGUAUCUACAGUUGAAUGUCUUUUUGGAUCUGGCUGCAAAUGGAUUCUGCGUACCGAAACAUUUAGAUCUCGAGGAAGGCGAAACAGAUGAAUCAGGCGAGAAGACAGAGAAAGGUGGGAUGGGUUUAGCAGAUGGUGAGGGAACGAAAGACGUCUCCGACAGAAUAGAAUCCGAGGAUCAGCUCGAGGACGCAAAACUCGCAGAUCAGGAGCAAGAGAAACAGGAGGAUAAGACUUGUAAGGAAGAGGAGAAAGGAAUUGACAUGUCCGAGGACUUUGACAGCAAACUCCAAGAUCUCGAAAAGGGCAAUAAGGAUGAAGAAGAACAGAGUGAUGACGACGACGAAGAGGACGACUUGGAUAAGGAAAUGGGAGAGACGGGAGAAGGCGCUGAACAGCUCGAUAAAGAAAUCUGGGGCGACGAUAAGGAAGAAUCCGACGACGAUAAUCAGCCAGAGAAUGAAGACGAAAAGGAGGGCAAGGGUGAACAGACCGGUGAAAAGGAAUUAACCGCGAAAGAUGAUACAGAUAGAAAAAGACAACACGAUGACGAUGAUACAGACGAAAACCAACAAGAAGACAGUAAAAAGGAAAUAAACGAGCUGAAUGAACCGGAGGUGAAUGAAGACCAGGUUGAUCCUUAUUACGGCAACUUCCAGCCUCAACCAGAACCCGAGCCGUUUGAUUUACCGGAAGACUUGAAUUUGGAUGAGAACGAAGAAGAGAAUAACGACGGACCUCAGGAAGAGAAUCCGUUCGACAUCGACGAGAUGAAAGACUCCAAGCCGCCGCCUCAAGAAAAGGAUGCGAAACUCGAUGAAGAAACUGAUGAUGACAAAGAAAACGAUUCUGGAAAAGAGGACGAAGACGAGGACGGCGAAAACAUGGAUAAGAAUGGACAAAAUACAAAAGACGAUGUCGAGGCUAAUAAGGAAAACGAAGAGAAUAACGGAAAUAAUGCGGAGACCGGAGAGAACGAGGAAGACGAAAAGCAGAAUCAGGAAGAAACGGAAGAGGAGAAGCUGCACGAGGAGGCGACGCCAAGCGCGAAUGACGCGAGUCAACAAAUGGAUGCGCAAGCGGUCGAAAAAACGACAGAAGGUUCGCGGGAUGCAGUAGCGCAAGAACAGAAUGACGACAAUCAGCAGCAGCAAGAUGCCUCGACUGAGAAUACUCAGGAAAACAGCAACGAUAACGGUAUCGGGCAAUCGGAGUCAGUACAGCAAGAGAGCGGACAUACGGGAUCUUCCAAGCAGGAAAUCAUUUCAGGACCGCAGAGAAACAUAACGCAACCAAUGAAAAAGAACAAACCAAGUAGGAGCAACGAGGAUCGCACCCUGUUGGACAGAUACGAACCGCUGCCGAAGAAGCUGAAGACCGUUUACACGCAGGAGGAAGUAUCGAGAAGCGAGAAGGAGGACGAUUUAGGCUCUCACAGCAAUGAAGCCGAAAUGGCUCAGCAUAUCCACAAGGAUUCCCAGAAAUUCGACGAUUAUACGCUGGACGCUGCUACGGAAGAUCAGCUUAAGCAACAAGCUUCCAACGAGGACAAAGAAAAUGAGAAAGAAGAGAAAGAGGACGAUUGCAUGGAUGUGGAGAUGCAUGAAGAUGAACAGACCGACACAACGAAUGACAAAGUAACGGAGCAAAAACCUGAGAAAGUUUCCGAGGCUAAUGAAAGGCAAAAAGAUACCAGUGCUGAAAAGAGAAUCGGGAACGACGUCGAAAUGGAAACACCGAUCGAAUUUGAAGGAGAAGAGACAAAGAUGCCGUGGGUACAGAGAGGAAACGAGUGUAUUUUUAACACGAUGGAAUGUAAUUUGGAACAGGACGAUCUUACUUCCAAUUACGUGGAAAGUAAACGUUCUGAACUGGAAAAGAUAUUGAGUGAAUGGACGCAAAUUCCGUCUACCGAGGAAGCUGCAGCCGCGUGGAAUGAUUUGUGUUCAAUCACGGAUGCAGCUGCCAGGGACUUGUCAGAGAAAUUGAGGCUGAUUUUGGAGCCCACGCAAGCGUCGCGACUAAAGGGCGAUUACAAGACAGGCAAGCGCAUCAACAUGCGGAAGAUCAUUCCCUACAUAGCCAGUCAAUUCCGUAAGGAUAAGAUCUGGCUGAGACGGACGAAGCCUUCCAAACGUGACUAUCAAAUCAUCAUCGCGGUGGAUGAUUCCAGCAGCGUAUCAAACAAUAAAUCCAAAGAAAUGAUAUUCGAAUCCUUAGCGCUGAUCAGCAAAGCUAUGACUUAUCUGGAAGUGGGACAACUUGGUGUCUUCAAUUUCGGGUCGACGAUAAAACUGUUACAUCCUUUAGGAGAAACAUUCACCGAACAAACUGGAAAUAGGAUAAUGCAAGAAAUGACGUAUGAUCAGAAGGAGACAUUGUAUUCGGAAGCAGUCAAUUUUGCAAUGGGCAUGUUUGAAAAUCAGCGUGGUUCAUCCGAUAAUGCUAAGCUGAUGAUAAUUCUUUCGGAUGGCAUGGGAGUAAAUUCAGAAGGAAAGGGAAUAAUACAGAGCGUUGUGAAAAGAGCAAGAAUGCAAGAUAUAUUUCUAAUAUUUAUAAUAGCCGAAAAUCCGAAUGGCAAGUUUUCCGUGCUGGAUUACUAUACGACUAGACUCGAAGAAUCAGGCUUGGUAAUGGAACCGUACAUGGACUCUUUUCCGUUUCCUUUUUACGUGAUUCUCAGAGAUACAAACGCAUUACCGAGUGUUUUGAGUGACGCUUUACGACAAUGGUUCGAAAUAGUAGGAAAAAUUGAUUCCUAGGCUAAUAGAAUUACGAAUGUAAAUAUACUCAAUAUAAAUAUAGUUAAAAUUAAGAUAAAAUUAAAAAAUUUUUUUAAUUAAAAAUAAAAAGAGUGAUUUCUAUCAACGUUCAAAAAUUCCAGUAAAAAUCGAUACUUGGUCUAAUAAAUUCAUCUUAAUUUUUCGUACAUAAUAGAUAGAAAGACACUAAACUAACAAUUUUAAA